AUGCAGUCAGCCCUCGACCGUCUAUGGUGGUCACGUUUGGUGAUUUCAGUACGCGGUUAUGUUGUAAACUAUGUACAGAAUGACGACGAAAUUCUAUUUCAUACCGAUGACGCCUUCAUAUGCAUUCAUCGAUUUCUUGCCGAAGAAAUGAGUGACAUUAAACUUGCACAACAGUUCAUCUCCGAUGCAGAUACGAUUGUCUCUUAUCCAUUGAUCAGUGAAACGCUCUUAGCGCUAAGUUCAUCACGACAAAUCCAGAAUCCCUUUGUCGACAAGCGGGUGGGGCCGGCAUUUACGCGAGUUUUCGGACAACCAAACGAUGCUACUUAUCGGGUCGCUAACGGUCAAAAGCAUGCGUACAUCGUCUUCAUGCGGGUUUUAUGUACACUUCAAGAACGAUGGAUGGCCGAAAGGAAAGCACGAAAGUCGAUCCGCUUUGAAACCGAUCCAGAAUGGCAGCCGGACGACCGUGUAGUUCUUUUCCAAGAAUUCUACAAAGGUGAGUCAACCCGUUCACAGCAUCUUGAACUCGACGCGUAG